AUGCCUUCCUACAGCCUAGAAGAAGCCAUCUCGACCAUACGUGAUCAAUACUUCGCCCUCGUCCCUGCUCGUCUUCUGCGCCUUCCCCCUCCCCCAACCCUGGCUUCUUCGGCCGGACAAGCCCAUCUCGCCCGGCUUCUUCUGGACGAGCGCCGUUUCCCUCAGCCAGAAGAUGGUUAUCGCAGGCUGUUUUGGCGGUCUAUGCUGAGAGAGCUUGAAAGUGGACUGAGGGAUCUCGAGGGAGAAGCGGACGAUCUGGAUCUGGAGAUCGAUGAACGGUUCUAUGAGCUCUUGGCCGGGCUGAUGAUCGCCGAUAUACCGCUCGGGAGUAUGGCCGAGGCUGCCGCCCUUCAAUUGGGACAUCACAUCCUACGCAAUCGUGCCCAACUCGAUAUAACCACUCUGAUGGGAACCAUUUCGAGCAGUGGCAGAAGCAGAGGCAGAAUACUGGAGCUCGGCGCAGGCACAGGCUUUCUAUCCUGCUUGCUGGUACAACAGGGGCAUGAGGUGACAGCGACAGAUCUGGGCGAGGUGUUGGGUGGAGGUGUACCGCCAUUGGACCGACUGAGGCAUAAUGUCGCGCUCAAUAAAUUGGACGGCCAGAUACGGGUGGAAAGCCUAGACUGGAUGGAUGCUGCGCGAGGACUAAGCGAGCGGCCGGACAUAUGGGACAGCAUCCUCACCAAUCCACCAGACACCAUCAUUGCCGCCGACGUGAUAUACGACCCCGAUCUCAUCCCUCCUCUCGUCUGCACCCUCUCGACUCUUCUUUCUUCCCCGACGACCUCCACGAUUCCCCGACAAGCUAUCAUAGCGGCUACAGUCCGCAAUGCCCAGACGCUCUCCCUUUUCACCCAGUGCUGCAGCGAAUCGGGUCUUGAAGUAGUCGAUAUCGAGCUGCCUCCGCUAGAUCCCGAGCAGCCGACAUUUUGGGAUUCGGGGCUGGACGUUUCUGUUCCGGUGCGGAUCAUGCGUAUCGUACAUCGCGGGACAUGA